AUGACCGUGCCAGGUCAGCAUGAUAUCAACGGUCAUUCGAUCUGGGGCCUAAUCGUUGUUGCUGCUGUCUUGACGUGCGUGCUCAGACCUCUCAAGAUAACCCUGCCGGGAUUCUGCAGUCGCUGGAUCCGUCAAUCUUUGGUCUCCUUACGCCUGCAAGAUCCACAUGAACCAGCGAUCGAGAGCUCUGCAGGUUGCGAGCAUGUCCAAGAUGAUGGCCAGCAGGCGUCAGCACGUUCGGCGUCAUUCCGCAAGGCACGCAUGCGGCUCGUGCUAUCGUUAGAGACUGCGCCGGUCGUCGGUGUACUGCUCUUGCUGGCGACUGUCACUAUCCCUGGCUCGGUUCUGCGGCUUGGCAUCGUUGGCGACGAAGGGGUCAGACCGUACGACGUGCUGGUGCUCUUCAUCUCGCUCGCAUAUAUCUCCACAGCACUCGAUGCAACAGGCGCACUACGAUCUCUUGCAUUCUGGGUCUCGCAAAAAGGCGGCGGAUCCGGCGCUAGACUGUAUCUCUACUUGUAUUUACUCUUUUUCGCAGCGGGCGCAAUUUUCGGCAACGAUCCAGUUAUUCUGAGCGGCACCGCAUUCCUAGCCUACUUCACUCGUGUGAAUGGCAUCACACCGCCGACAGCAUGGACAUUCGCGCAGUUCAUGGCAUGCAAUAUUGCCUCUGCUGUCUUGGUCUCCUCGAAUCCAACAAACGUGCUCCUUGCAGGUGCAUUCAAUUUGAACUUUCUGACUGGCUUCACAGCCUACACCGCUCUGCCGUCGGUUGUCUGCGCGAUCGUAGGAUACCUCAUUAUGUUUGCGACCUUUCGAUCAUUCACACCGCGCGAGCAAGACGAAAUUGUUCGCAAUGACUCGAACAGCUCCAAAGAUCACCCGCACAAUCCUCCGCGCAAGUCCGUCCUACAGACGAGCGGACACGAAUACAUCCCCAAACGUAUCCUGCCACCAGACGUGUCGCCUCGAGAUGCACUCCUUGAUCCCCGAGGAGCUGCUUUCUACACGAUCCUCAUGCUCGUCACACUGGCUACACUCGUGGGUACCAGUUUUGUCAGCGAUGGAAAGGUGCAAGUCUGGAUGGUCACAGCGCCCGCAGGCCUCCUGGCAUUGGCACACGACAUUGUGGUCGACUGGCGUCGAUGGCCACAGGCACGAGUGCCGGCCCGCGCAUCAGAAACGGUUUCAGCGCAGGCUGACGCCACAGCAGCAGUCAGAAUACCUGAGCAUGAGUUUCCACCCAGUCGCGUCAAUCAGAAGCCCAGUGUCCGCAUGUCAUUGCCGCAACUGUUGCGCUACGCUUCGCGCAGAUUUCCCGUGACAAGCACGACCGUCUCGCGCCUGCCUCUUCCCCUACUGCCCUUUGCAUUUUCAUGGUUCAUUCUCGUGCGCGGUUUGGGCUACCUUGGGUGGAUUUCAACAUUCGCACGCUGGGCAGCAACAAUGUGUGUCAAUUCAGCGUUGACAGCUUUCGUCGCUGGCUACUUUGGCGUCAUCUUAUGCAUUGGAGGCACAAACAUAGCUGCCACGAUCAUUCUCGUCGAAAUUUUCAGCGAUCCAGCCUUUGCCCGCGCUCCACAUAUCGCUGCGAAUCCCGAGAUCUUGACAGUGGCCAUCUUCUCAUCCGCACUUGCCGUAAAUCUGGGCGCCUUUGGCUUUGUGCCUUCGGCCUCUCUUGCGGGUCUGCUUUGGCGCUCAAUCUUAGCGCAAAAGGGAAUUCAUGUCUCAACAUGGUCGUUCUGCAAGUGGAACCUAGCGCCAGUCCUUAUCCUAUCGACAGUAGCGUCUGCGAUUGUCUUAGCAGAAGUCAAAGGCUUUGGACUGCAGCUGAUAUGA